GGCCAUUUAAAGGAAAUAAACCUUAUAGAAGAAAGAUAAAAUUUCCAUGUCUAAUUUUCCAUCAUUAGAAGAAUUUGAUUCAGGGAUUUGCUGCAAAAUAACUGAUAAAAACAAAAAUAAAACAGAAAUACAAGAUGAAAUAUUUAUGAAACGAAUACCAUUGAAAGAUAUAGAUAUACAAACAAAGGAUACGAUAUGCAAAAUUCCAGAAAAUACUGAUGAUUCUAUUUUUCUUGAAGAAUGGAGACAACGAAGAGAAGCAAAUAUUCAGAAACAAGAUGAGGAAGAACGAUUGAACAGAGAAAAUAAAAUAGAAGAAGCCAAAAAGGCUAUUGAUGAGUUUUUCGAAACGUAUAAUGAAAAAAAAAAGGAAAAAAUCAAAAAAAAUAGGGAGAAACAGGAAGAAUUCAUAUUGAAAAGAGAUAAAGAUAUGCCAGGAAUGCUAUGGGAGCGUGUUGUUAAACUUCUUAAUCUUUCAGAAACAUCAACUGGAUUAGAAAAUAGUAAUAUGUCAAAAUUUAAAGAAUUAUUAUUAGACCUUCAAAAAGACCCAAAUGCACCAAGUACAAAUGACAUUUAAUUAUUCUAAUAUAUGAUAAAUUUAAAUAUGAUUUUUGUAAUUAUA